AUGGAGUCAGUUUGUUUCUCUGGACAUGAAUCCUUUUUGCUAACACCAAGCAAAAGUGUGUUGUCUACGUUAUUAACUUGGCGUCAAGAUGAAAAUACAACACGCUCUGUGUCUAAUAAUAAAUGCAACGAAUUUCACAUCUAUCUAUCUAUCUAUCUAUCUAUCUAUCUAUCUAUCUAUCUAUCUAUCUGUCUGUCUAUCUGUCUAUUUGAGUGUGUUCAUAUCUAUCUAUCUAUCUAUCUAUUUGAGUGUGUUCAUAUCUAUCUAUCUAUCUAUUUUAGUCUGUUCAUAUCUAUCUAUCUAUCUGAGUCUGUUCAUAUCUAUCUAUCUUUCUAUCUAUCUAUCUAUCUAUCUAUCUAUCUAAGUCUGAUCAUAUCUAUCUAUCUAUCUAUCUAUCUAUCUAUCUAUCUAUCUAUCUAUCUAUUCUAUCGUAUUGUUCAGUGUUUUCCGUACUAA